CGCGCCGGCCCCUCCUCGGCCGCGCGGCCCCCGCGGGAGGGAGGCGGGCGGAUGACGAGGGUGUGGGGGCGUGAGUCUGAGGGCGGCGGGCUGCGGCGUCGCUGGCCGGCCGGGCGCGGCGAGCGGAGCGUCGAGGUCGUCGCCGCCGCGGGGGGAUGGCGCGCGCGGGGGUCUGGAUGCUGGCGGUCGGCGUUCUGCUGGCGCUGGCGCCGGGCCGGGCCGCGGGCGCCCUGAGGGCGAGCAGACGCCCGGCGCGGCCGCGGGGCUGCGCCGAGCGGCCCGAGGAGCUCCUGGAGCAGCUGUACGGGCGGCUGGCGGCCGGCGUCCUGGGCGCCUUCCACCACACGCUGCAGCUGGGGCCGCGCGAGCAGGCGCGCAACGCGAGCUGCCCGGCAGGGGGCAGGCCCGGCGACCGGCGCUUCCGGCCGCCCACCAACCUGCGCAGCGUGUCGCCGUGGGCCUACAGAAUUUCCUACGACCCUGCCAGGUACCCCAAGUACCUGCCCGAGGCCUACUGCCUGUGCAGGGGCUGCCUGACCGGGCUCUUCGGGGAGGAGGACCUACGAUUCCGGAGCGCCCCGGUGUACAUGCCCACCGUCAUCCUGCGGCGGACCUCGGCCUGCGCGGGCGGCCGCUGGGUGUACACCGAGGAGUACGUCACCGUGCCCGUGGGCUGCACCUGCGUCCCCGAGCAGGAGAAGGAGGCCGACGCCGUCAACUCCAGCAUGGACAAGCAGGGCGCCAGGCUUCUGCUCGGCCCCGGCGACAAGCCGGGCCGGCCCUGAGGCCCUUGCUGCCCGAGGCCCGCGUCCCCGGAGCCGCGUCGUAGGCGAGAAAGCGAGGACGCAGCGAGCAAACGGGACAACGGGACGCGCCUGCGCGGGACGGGCCCUCGGCCCCGCCGGCCGGCCCC